AAUGAGUUGAAACUUGUCCCAUUCUUCUUCUUCUUCUUCUUCUUCUUCUUCUUCUUCUUCUUCUUCUUCUUCUUCUUCUUCUUCUUCUUCUUCUUCUUCUUCUUCUUCUUCUUCUUCUUCUUCUUCUUCUUCUUCUUCUUCUUCUUCUUCUUCUUCUUCUUCUUCUUCUUCUUCUUCUUCUUCUUAUGGAUGGAAAGGGUUGUGAAUUGUGGCUUGAAGAGGUGUUUUUGGUCAAUAGUGAAUAAUAUCUGGAAGGGUACUCGGAUUGAGUGCUAUUAACCGAUAGAAGUCUCUCUGCCAUAGAGGAACAAUAGACAGGCACAAGUAACUCUCCAUGAAAAGAGCCAUGGUGAUAAUUGAGUGGAUUUCUAUGGUCUUUUUUUCCAAGUGCCUAAAGCCACAAUAUGGAGUUUGUGUUUCCGCCACGAGGGCAGCCCCGCAACUUAGUUUGCUAUAAAGUUUUAAAGAAGGAAGGGCUGAAAAAAGCAACCACUCUCAAAUUAAUAAAUGGAGCUAUUGAUGCAAGGACUGACAGUCCAUGAGAUUGACAUAAUAGUGUUGCUGCUAUAUUGUACAUGGUUUGUUUACAGACUCAAAUGACAACAUAAAGAAUGAGUAAUUCAACCUUUUUUGGAUUUAUUAUAUGGUUUUUGAUAAAAUCGUAAGGUAUUUAUGAGUAAUAUUCUACAAUAUUCAAUGGGUAUAUAUCAUUGAGAGACCAAUGAAAUGACCAUUUAUCCCAGAUUGUGCCUUUAAUGCAUUUUACAUUUUAAUACCCACUCACGAUAACCACUACCAGUGUGUAUCCUGGUUCGACUUGAUACUCUCCACAUAAAUAAAAGGGCAUAAACAUGUAAUCCGAUGUAAUCAGAGAGGGGUUGACCAUCUUCCCUACAGCCAGUGGGAAUAAACCUGUAAUUUGUUAUCACUCCAACACAUUAUCCCAGUCCAGUGAGAGUUUGUAUUGUGUUGUAUAGUGUAGUGGGGUAAUCUAUGUGUGUUAUCUAGUGGGGGACUUGCUAUGCGCUAUGUCUGUCUACAGGCCAGAAAUGGGUCUCUGUGAUGGUUUUCUAAAGGUCCACCCUGUAAAUAUGAAAAUAAAUACCCUCUUUGUGUGUGUGCGUGUCUGUGUGUGUGUGCGUGUGUCUGUGUGUGUAUUUGGGGAAAAGGGGAAUGGGGUAAUAUUGUGCUAAGCCCCCAGCCAGCUAGCGUUAGUUUUUAUGUUGCCGUAGCAACGUGUCUCUUGUGAGGUUGCGACCUCAGAUGAUUACAGUACAAAGCCUAUUGGGUCUCGAAAACCCCCUUUGAAGAUGAGAAGUCUUUGAUGGUUUGUAUUUAUGCAAAUCUCCCCGAUAUGAUUUAACCAACUGAGAUUGAAUGGGGAGAUGAUUAAAAUUGCCCCUAUUUGAGAAAUCCUUCAAUGGAGCCGUUACUCUUUUAGUUUUUUUGAGAAUGCGUUGUGUGUGUGUGCAUGCAUGCGCAUGGGCGAUAUUUGUGUAUUUUAUUUAGGAAAAUAGCACCACUUUAUCAGGGCUUAUUUAUAUCAGAGAGGGAGGGUGGAGAGAGGGAGGGUGGGAGAGAGAGGAGGGGGACAUGGCGUUACAGAUUUCUACUGGGCUUUUCUCCCCCUCCAUCUCUCUCCCUCUCUCUUUUUUAACAGGCUUUGGAAGGGAAUAUCUGACGGAGGGAGCUUUUGUGUGUUUCCAGAUGAUAGAUUUAGGAAUUUGGGGCUACCCCACUGGCAGUCCAGAGCUCGGUGUGAACUCGUCUGUUGGAAAAAAAAUCUUAGGUGAGCUUACAUAUUAGUGGGAACCAUGCAGAAUAAAGGGCCCCUGCAAAGUGUCAUAUCACAACUCUGAUUGUCGCGCCAAUCUCACUAUUCCCUUCCACCGAGUGGGGCACACAACAUUUACAUAAUAUUGAACACACUUAAAGACGUCACCGAAUUUUGUUUAGUCUUUUUUAUAUUUCUUUAGUAUUUUUUUGUGUUUGUGUGGAUCAUGUAGUAAAAGGGGGGAGAGAGUGCAGAAGGCUUCAGAAGAAGGGGAACCCUGGUGAUAAUGUAAAAUAUAAUUUCAUUCAGCUUUGACGCGCCUCCUCUCUGCACUGCCUCUGUCACGCUCUGGUUCCGGGACGUUGUUAUAGAACCAGGGUGUGUUUGUUUUGUUGGGUGUUGUGUGGGCUAGGUUGGGUAUGAGGUGUGUUCGUUUUGUUGUGUGCUGUUUGGUUGGGGUGUCUAGGUGGUUGUCUUCCUUGUUUGUAUUCAUGUGACUCCCAAUCGGAGGUAACGAGUGACAGCUGUCGGCUCGUUAUCUCUGAUUGGGAGCCAUAUUUAAACUGUGUGGUUUCACCUUGUGUUUGUGGGUUUUUGUUUCCUUGUUCCAUGUUCUGUCGGUGUCAGAGGACUUCACGUAUCGUCUUUUGUUUUGUUUUCGUGAGUACGUAUUUAAUAAAUAUCAUGUUCACUCGCAACGCUGCGCAUUGGUCUCCUGUUUUAGACGAUCGUGACAGACAUGCCCACCAUAAAAGGACCAAGCAGCGUAACAAGCGGCAACAGGACCUACCUACACAGGAGUUAUGGACUCCUCCUAAGGAUUCAUGGACAUGGGAGGAGAUUUUGGAUGGAAAGGGUCCUUGGGCACAACCGGGAGAAUAUCGCCGCCCUCGUGAAGAGCUGGAGGCAGCUGCAGCCGAGAGGAGGUGGUACGAGGAGGCAGCGCGGAGUCGAGGCUGGAAGCCCGUGGGUACUACCCAAGAAUUUCUUGGGGGGGGGCAAAAAGGGAGUGUGGCGAAGUCAGGUAGGAGACCUGCGCCUACUCCCUGUACUUACCGUGGAGAGCGGGAGUACGGGCAGACACCAUGUUACGCAGUAGAGCGCAUGGUGUCUCCUGUACGCAGGCAUAGCCCGGUGCGGUACAUUCCAGCUCCUCGUAUUGGCCGGGCUAGAUUGAGCGUUGAGCCGGAUGUCAUGAAGCCGGUCCCACGCAGCAGGCCACCAGUGCGUCUCCUCGGGCCAGCAUACAUGGCACCAGCCUUACGCAUGGUUUCCCCGGUUCGCCUACAUAGCCCGGUGCGGGUUAUUCCUCCUUCCCGUACUGGUCGGGCGACGGGGAGCAUACAACCAGGUAAGGUUGGGCAGGCUCAGUGCUCAAGGGAGCCAGUACGCCUGCACGGUCCGGUAUUUCCGGCGCCACCUCCCCGCUCCAGCCCAGUACCACCAGUGCCUCCACCACGCACCAAGCCUCCUGUGUGUCCCCAGAGUCCUGUGCGUCCUGUUGUUGCUCUCCGCACUAGCCCUGAGAUGCGUGUCCUCAGCCCGGUACCUCCAGUUCCGGCACCACGCAUCAGGCCUACGGUGCGUCCCCAGGGCCAAGCAUGCCCUGUUGCUUCUCCCCGCACUAGCCCUGAGAUGCGUGUCCUCAGCCCGGUACCCUCCUGUUCCGGCACCACGCACCAGGCCUACGAUGCGCCUCAGACGGCCAGAGUCUGCCGUCUGCCCAACGGGGCCUGAACUGUCCGUCUGCCCAACGCCGUCUGAACUGUCCGUAUGCCAAGCGCUGCAUGAACUACCCGUCUGCCCAACGCCGUCUGAACUGUCCGUUUGCCAAGCACUGCCAGAACUGCCCGUCUGCCCAACGCCGUCUGAACUGUCCGUCUGCCAAGCACUGCAUGAACUGCCCGUCUGCCCAACGCCGUCUGAACUGUCCGUCUGCCAAGCACUGCCUGAACUGCCCGUCUGCCCAACGCCGUCUGAACUGUCCGUAUGCCAAGCGCUGCAUGAACGGCCCGUAUGUACUGAGCCUGCUAAGCCGCCCGUCUGCCAUGAGCCUUCAGAGCCGUCCGCCAGACCAGAGCCGCUAAAGCCUUCCGCCAGACAGGAGCCGCUAAAGCCUUCCGCCAGACAGGAUCAGCCAGAGCCUCCCGCCAGACAGGAUCAGCCAGAGCCUCCCGCCAGACAGGAUCAGCCAGAGCCUUCCGCCAGACGGGAUCAGCCAGAGCCUUCCGCCAGACGGGAUCAGCCAGAGCCUUCCGCCAGACGGCAUCAGCCAGAGCCUUCCGCCAGACAGGAUCAGCCAGGGUCUUCCGCCCGACAGGAUCAGCCAGAGCCUUCCGCCAGACAGGAUCAGCCAGAGCCUUCUGCCAGACAGGAUCAGCCAGAGCCUUCUGCCAGACAGGAUCAGCCAGAGCCUUCUGCCAGACAGGAUCAGCCAGAGCCUUCUGCCAGACAGGAUCAGCCAGAGCCUUCCGCCAGACAGGAUCAGCCAGAGCCUUCUGCCAGACAGGAGCAGCCAGAGCCUUCUGCCAGACAGGAGCAGCCAGAUCCGUCAGCUAGCCAUGAGCAGCCAGAUCCGUCAGCUAGCCAUGAGCAGCCAGGUCCGUCAGCCAGCCAUGAGCAGCCAGAUCCGUCAGCCAGCCAUGAGCAGCCAGAUCCGUCAGCCAGCCAUGAGCAGCCAGAUCCGUCAGCCAGCCAUGAGCAGCCAGAUCCGUCAGCUAGCCAUGAGCAGCCAGAUCCGUCAGCUAGCCAUGAGCAGCCAGAUCCGUCAGCUAGCCAUGAGCAGCCAGAUCAGUCAGCCAGCCAUGAGCAGCCAGAUCCGUCAGCCAGCCAUGAGCCGUCCAGCCGGGAUCCGCCAGAGCCGUCCAGCCGGGAUCCGCCAGAGCCGUCCAGCCGGGAUCCGCCAGAGCCGUCCAGCCGGGAUCCGCCAGAGCCGUCCAGCCGGGAUCCGCCAGAGCCGUCCAGCCGGGAUCCGCCAGAGCCGUCCAGCCGGGAUCCGCCAGAGCCGACCAGCCGGGAUCCGCCAGAGCCGUCCAGCCGGGAGCCGCCAAAGCCGUCCAGCCAGUAUCCGCCAUUCUGUCCGGUACUGCCCCUUAGUCCGGUACUGCCCCUUAGUCCGGUACUGCCCCUUAGCCUGGUACUGCCCCUUAGUCCGGUACUGCCCCUUAGUCCGGUACUGCCCCGUAGUCCGGUGCUGCCCCUUAGUCCGGUGCCGCCCCUUAACCCAGUGGGGUGUAGUUGGGGGGUGGUAAUGUGGAUGAGGCUAGGGAAGCGGGUGGUGACUAAGGUGGGAUGGGGACCACGACCAGGGGCAGAACCGCCACCGUGGACAGACGCCCACCCAGACCCUCCCCUAGACUGUAUGCUGGUGCGCCCGGGGUUCGCACCUUUAGGGGGGGGUACUGUCACGCUCUGGUUCCGGGACGUUGUUAUAGAACCAGGGUGUGUUUGUUUUGUUGGGUGUUGUGUGGGCUAGGUUGGGUAUGAGGUGUGUUCGUUUUGUUGUGUGCUGUUUGGUUGGGGUGUCUAGGUGGUUGUCUUCCUUGUUUGUAUUCAUGUGACUCCCAAUCGGAGGUAACGAGUGACAGCUGUCGGCUCGUUAUCUCUGAUUGGGAGCCAUAUUUAAACUGUGUGGUUUCACCUUGUGUUUGUGGGUUUUUGUUUCCUUGUUCCAUGUUCUGUCGGUGUCAGAGGACUUCACGUAUCGUCUUUUGUUUUGUUUUCGUGAGUACGUAUUUAAUAAAUAUCAUGUUCACUCGCAACGCUGCGCAUUGGUCUCCUGUUUUAGACGAUCGUGACAGCCUCGCUCUCUCUCGCGCUCUCUCUCGCGCUCUCUCACUCUCUCUCUCUCGCUCUCUCUCCACCAAAAGAUCACUUGAUGUAUUUUUGUACAGGAAUAGAAAUGAUGCAGGGACUCAGUAUUGACAGUUGUUUUGUUCCUCUCUCUCCCCACAAUUGCUCCUUCUUACAUUCUUGUAGCAAAACCCCAGUUUUAUUAUUUAAAGAGUCUUAAUCCUGAAUAUUUUUCACGGUUGCAAGUUCCCUCUGACACAAACAGUUUGAUAUCUCUAUUUCCCACCCAUGUUUCUGUCCAUAACAGGGUUUGUGUUAAUGGCUACACUCCCUGAGUGUCUGUCCCUGAGUAAAAUGCUAAUGUUAUUGAACAAUUUGGGUUACGUUGUAUUUCAAUGUGUGCUUAUAAACGGAUUAUAGACAUGAUGAUAUUAACUUUUCCACCAUAAGAUUAGAUAAAUCCACUUAUAAAGCCAGUUUUGAUUUUAGAUCUUAGUUAAUGGUUUACAUGUACAUUUUACUUAAUGCAUACAUGAACAAAAUGAUGAUACCUCUAGCUUACCCUCUUAUAACGUUUGACCAUGUAUUGUGACUGUGCUGUAUGUGUAUGCUGUGGCUGUCUCUCUUCUUGAGAGCAAUGGCAUCACUAGAAAAUUGUGUAUUGUGAUGUCAUAUGUGCUUUCAUUAUUCAGAUAAGCAAUAGUCAUAAUUUCUGUGUGUGUGUGUGUGUGGUUGUGUGUGUGUGUAUGCGGCUUUCGUGUGUGUGUGUGACAGUUUGUUGACAGGUUUCAGCACCACUUGAAUGGACGAGCUCUGACGGAGCCCAUUCGCCUGGUCACCUUUGUGGAAACCGCUGUGGGCCUGCUCAAUUUUAAGGUAAAUUACAAACAAAACCACCAGGAAAUGCCUGCGUCAGAUGUUUUACUACCUCAUUCACUUUUUAUUAAAGCCGGUGUCAGACAGCGCAGCUCGCCAAGUGUCACUGUCCAAAUACGAGAGAUUAAAAGCGUCCGGACAGUCUCUCUACAUCUCUCUCUCAAGGGUUCAAGCAGCAAAGCUGUCUAAACUCUUUUGUGUUUCUUCUGGCUCAGGCAUGAUGGUAAAGUGCCAGACCCUCUCAUGCCACAUGGUGGCGCUAUAGCAAUCAAUUUAACAUGUAAAGUUUUAAAAGUCACGCCCCUCACCCCGUUUGACCUAAAGUCAUGAAAUUCAGUACAUAGGUCCUUCUCUCACAACUAACAAAUUUGCCUCUAGGACCCAUGAGGUCCACCAUGAUGGAUUCUCCGCCAUUUAGAAUUUUGUGAAAAACACUUAAAACGCUACUCCCCUGGCACUGAAUGACCGAACUAUGCAAAACUUAACAUGUGGCAUCUAUGGACAAAGUUCUCCCAAUGCAACAUUUUCCACACUAGUACCUAAAACGACCAAUAAAUGCAUAUAAAUCAAUCACGGAUAUUCGUAUUGUAACAAAACUUAGUACACAUGUUCCAAAUACUGUGAAGACUCAACAUAUUCAAAAACAUUCAAAUUGACUACGGUGGCGCUAUAACAGGCACAUGUUUAUAUCUCUUAAUCUGUUUGACUCGGAGUGAUGAAAUUUGGCACACAUGCUCAGUGUUAUGGGUCUAGCUAACCUGUAAAAUAUGGUCCAGUUUUGCUGUAUGGUGGCACUGUUAGACAUUAAAAACCAUUCAUGCAAGCUCAUUGACUCAUUGCAGCCAUAUUGUUUGAGUUAGAGUCCUGGAAAAUGUUGCUUUUAAAGACGUGGGUACAUAGAUGAUGUAUAAAAAUUUGGUGCCAAUCGGUCCAGUGGUCCUGGAGAAGAAGACGUUUAAAGUAGUCAACAUUAUUGAAAAUGUUCCAAAAUACCUCAAAAGCAUAAUAAUGACCUGUUUGAUGUUGAGUUCUGAUAUUUGGCAAAAGUGGUAAACAGUACAGAAGUAUCUCGUCCUGGGGCAAUGUGUCCAAUUUGUCCUGAUGGUGACACAGUGGGCACACAGCUAAACCGCAGCAAUGCUGCUUGCAGCUUACAUUUUGUAUUGGGUCUCUUCUGAGUUUUUCCCCUCAUCCAGACACUCUCUUUGACAUGUUUUAAUGUGAUCUAAUUUGUGUCGUUUUUUAAUGAUUUUGUUGGCAGGCAUCAAAGUGGGUCUGGUUUUAGUUUGGGCCGACCUUCACCGGCGAUGGGAAAGGGCACGGUUUGGGGGAUUUUGGUGGGGUAACACGCUGUCCUCUUUCUUUUCUUUUUCUCUUUCACCCAAUUAUGUGUGUGUGUGUGUGUGUGCGUGCUUGCAUACGUGCAUGCACGCCUGUGUGUGUCUGCAUGCGUGUGUGAGUGUUUUCCUUCUGGAGAACAUUCUGUAUCCUUAGCCAGACUGAUUCCCUGGGAUGGAAAAGGGAAGUAUGGCUGUGUCACAGCGAGAAGUUAAAUUAAUUUGGACGCCGACAAAAGCAGCAGACACAUUCCGACCGCUCCAUGGCUAACACAAUAGAUGAUAACAUUCCUAGGCCUUUUCCCCCUCUCUCCUCUUGUCGUGUGGUAGUCCCAGCUUCACACAGUCUUCUUAGGAGGGGACAGUGUCUAAGACAGAGACACAAGAUGUGUGUGUGAGUGUGCGUGAGCGCGUUCGUGUUACAAUAGAUAGUGGAGAUUGUAAGUGCAGGUCUGAAUGGGAAACAUGAGCUGCUUGACAGGGUGAGUUGACAGGGUUCACACUUUCCUUAGCUCCACAUACACACACAAACACACUCAUCUCUGUCUUUGUUGUGUGUUCCCUCAGGUUGUGUGUGAGGAAGUACGUCGUCUGGCUCCUGCAGUUGGCCUACACCAUGACGGUGUAGUGUUUGGAUCGGAUGACUUCUGUGCCAGCAUAGGUCCUCUGUCCUCUCUUCCUCUCGCCUCUCACCUACAAUCAAUCCUUUUAUCACCACCUCUCCUCUCCUUCUAUGUCCUGUUCUCUGUCCCGUCCUCCCUUCACUCUCUCCUUUUCUCUGUCCCCUCAGCCCCUUCUCUCCACCUCUCUCCUUUUCUAUCACCCCCUUCUCUCUCUUAUCUCACUUGUCCAUUCCUUGUCUCUCCUCCUCUUGUAGUUCUUGGGCCAGACCCCGCAAUUUGGGUCGUCGGGCUCACUUGGGGUGACGAUGUCUCAAAGUGAUUUUCUUGCAGAUCUAUGUCCCUAGAGUCGGAAAAUGUUUGAUAGCAGUGCAGCAAUGGCAGCUUUCUCUGUUAUCACUCUUUCAUCCCUCCAUCCCAUUCAUUUCUCCCAUAGGGAGUUUACCCUAUGACAAACAAUAUCAGUAUUAGAAAUCCAGGGCUUAAAAACAAAGGUGUCAUUGUACGCUGAUGAUUCAUGUUUUCUUUUAAAUCCACAACUUGAAUCCCUCCACAGCCGCAUAGAGGAUCUAGAUACAUUUUCUAACCUCUCUGGAUUACAACCAAAUUAUGAUAAAUGUACUAUAUUACGUAUUGGAUCACUAAAGAAAUACAAUUUUUACAUUACCAUGUAGUUUACCAAUAAAAUGGUCUGAUGGUGAUGUGGAUAUACUCGGAAUACAUAUCUCAAAUGAAAUAAAUGAUCUCACUCCAAAACAUUUUAAUAGAAAGUUAGCAAAAAUAGAUAAGUUCUUGCUACCAUGGAAAGGUAAAUACCUGUCAAUUUGUGGAAAAAUCACCCUGAUUAACUCUUUAGUAUUAUCCCAGUUGACCUAUUUGCUUAUGGUCUUGCCUAUGCCUAGCGAACAGUUUUUUACACUAUAUGAGAAGAAAAUAUUCCAUUUUAUUUGGAACAGCAAGCCAGUCAAAAUUAAACGGGCCUAUUUAUAUAAUGAAUAUGAAUUAGGAGGACAGAAAUUAUUAAAUAUUAAAGCAUUAGACCUAUCACUAAAAGCUUCAGUCAUACAAAAAUUAUACUUAAAUCCGAACUUGUUCUCUAGCAAACUACUAAGAUUGUCUCACCCAAUGCUCAAGAAGGGACUUUUUCCCUUUAUUCAGAUUACAACCCCUCACUUUCAGGUAUUUGAAAAGGAAAUCAACUCCCACGUAUCACUAUUUCUAAAACAAACCAUAGAAAGUUGUUGCAAUUUCAAUUUAAUCCUCCAGAAAUGACAGAACAAAUAUUGCAACAAAUAUUGUGGUUAAAGUGAAAUAUACUAAUUGAUAUAAAAACGUUAUUUUUUGAGAAAAAAAAUGGUUUAAUCUUCGUAAAUUAUAUUAUCGGUAGGAAUGGUGGAGUUAUGUCGCACAUGCAGCUAACAAAAACAUAUGGAAAUGUCUGCUCUACACAAAAUUACAACCAAAUAAUUGCAGCAUUAACGCAAAAAUGGAAGAGGAAUGUGGAAGGAGGAAAAAGUAAGGAACUUGUCUGUCGGCCUUGCAUUAAAGAACAUAAUUGGUUAAAGAAAAUUGUGAUAAAUAAAAAAGUUUACCAGUUUAAUUUAAGGACCAAAAGAUUGACAGCCGUCCCAUAUAGAUUGCAAAAUAGUUGGGAAGAGAUUUUUGACGUACCGAUUCCAUGGCAUAUUGUUAAUGAAUUGAUACGCAAAACGAAGCCGGAUUCAAAACUUAGAAUUGUUCCAUUGAAAUUAGUGGAGCUGACCCUGCAGAUAGCACUACUGUGUGAUCUGAAAAGUCAUAGUCAAUCGAUCAAUAAUAUAAUAAUACUUUUAGCAAAAAUGUUUAUUUUCAAUUCACAACUGUAGAAACAAUGAGAAUAGAAAGGUUCAGAACUUUUGUAAAACAUCACUGUACAGUUGAAAAAUAUAUGGCAAAUAGAAAUCCAAUAUGGAUGGUGUUAAGAGAUAGAUGGGAGGUGUUGAAUGGAGCUGAAGGAUGGGACUAAUAACAACAACUAAUAACAACAAGAUAACUAGUGUAAGACAUGCUGUGUCCAUAUAUAUAUGCGAGAAAAAAACAAAAAAAACAUGGGGAAUUGGAAGUGAUGCAGACAAUUACAUUGAUGGAAGUUACAAUCUAUAUGCAAUAAUAAAGCAGAUCUACCCCCUUGAAAAAAAAAAAAAUAUAUAUAUAUAUAUAUAUCAGUAUACAACAAGUUAUUGCUUACCUAUACCCUUUAAUCAUACAAUUGGAAGGCUUAGAUUCACAGCUAUCCAUCAGACAAAUUUUCUGAAUAUUCAGGUCAACAGAACUGUUGUUACAUUAAAUACAAAAAACUCAUCAAUCUACUCACAAUACCCCAUAAUGACAAAGUGAAAACAUUUUUAGAAAUUUUUGCAAAUUUAUUGAAAAUGAAGUACAUAAAUAUCUCAUUUACAUAUGUAUUCACACCCCUGAGUAAAUACUUUGUAGAAUCACCUUUGGCAGUGAUUACAGCUGUGAAUAUUUCUGGGUAAGUCUCUAAGACAGGGGUUCCCAAACUUUCUUGGCCCACGACCCCAUUUUGAUAUCUGAAAAUUCUCACGACCCCAACCAUGUGAAAACAUAUUUUGGUAAUUAACAGCCAAUGUUUACUUUUUUAAUUGGAGCUAUGGCAGUCAAUUGCAAAACAUUCUAACAGUAUUUCUGAUUGUAUUCUCAACUCACCAUAAUAUGAUUUUAAUGUGGGGCUAUGACAGUCAAUUGAAAAUGAGUCUGACAUUAUUUCUCUUAUCUCACCACCACUAAUGAGAUGGGUGUGCUUGAUGCAUAUCGCGUCUGAGCUUUUCAAAGUCAGGGGGCGUGGUCGACAGUGUGCACCUCAUCUCUCCUGUCACAUCCAACCUGGAUCGAUAUUUGUUUUGAAUGCAGACGAGAGCACUGAAUCAGCAGAGUUUUAAUGCUCGGAGGAAGACUGCACAGUAUUCCCUUUGAGUAAGGAACAAAAACUCCUCCAUAGUGACCCGUGAAUGCCUUGUCUGCAGCAUCCGGUCACAUGACAACUCGAUCAGCUGUUCGAUUUCAUUUACCAGCAUGUCAACUGAGCCAGAAUCACAGUCAAACGGAUUUCAAACAGAUUUUCCCUGCAUGCUUGUGAUCAGUUUCCAGUUUAUACAGUGCAUUCUGAAAAUAUUCAGACCCCUUGACUUUUUCCACAUUUUGUUACGUUACAGCCUUAUUCUAAAAUGGAUUACAUUGUUUGUUUUUUCUCAUCAAUUUACACACAAUACCCCAUAAUGACAAAGCAAAAACAGUUUAUUUAUUUUUUGCAAACAAAUAUGGAAAUAUCACAUUUACAUAAGUAUUCAGACCCUUUACUCAGUACUUUGUUGAAGCACCAUUGGCAGUGAUUACAGCCUCAAGUCUUCUUGGGUAUGACGCUACAGGCUUGGCAAACCUGUAUUUGGGGAGUUUCUCGCAUUCUUCUCUGCAGAUCCUCUCAAGCUCUGUCAGGUUGGAUGGGGAGCGUCACUGCACAGCUAUUUUCAGGUCUCUCCAGAGAUGUUCGAUUGGGUUCAAGUCCGGGCUCUGGCUAGGCCACUCAAGGACAUUCAGAGAUUUGCCCCGAAGCCACUCCUGCGUUUUCUUGGCUGUGUGCUUAGGGUCAUUGUCCAAUUGGAAGGUGAAUACCUUUGCCCCAGUCUGAGGUCCUGAGCACUCUGGAACAGGUUUUCAUCAACGAUCUCUCUGUACUUUGCUCCGUUCAUCUUUCCCUCGAUCCUGACUGGUCUCCCAGUCCCUGCCGCUGAAAAACAUCCCCACAGCAUGAUGAUGCCACCACCAUUUAGUAAGAUUUAGGUGCAAUCUUACUAGCAGCAAUAUCCUUGCUUGUGAAGCCCUUUUUGUGCAAAGCAAUGAUGACGGCACGUGUUUCCUUGCAGGUAACCAUGGUUAACAGAGGAAGAACAAUGAUUUCAAACACCAUCCUCCUUUUAAAGCUUCCAGUCUGUUAUUCUAACUCUCCAGCCUUGUCCUCGUCAACACUCUCACCUGUGUUAACGAUUAACGAGAGAAUCACUGACAUUAUGGCAGCUGGUCCUUUUGUGGCAGGGCUGAAAUGCAGUGGAAAUGUUUUGGGGGGAUUAAGUGAAUUUUCAUGGCAAAGAGAGACUUUGCAAUUAAUUGCAAUUCAUCUGAUCACUCUUCAUGACAUUCUGGAGUAUAUGCAAAUUGCCAUCAUCAAAACUGAGGCAGCAGACUUUGUGAAAAUUAGUAUUUGUGUCAUUCUCAAAACCUUUGACCACUACUGUAGAUUUAUGAGGUGAAAAAUGAUUUAAUCCAUUGUAGAAUAAGGCUGUAACGUAACAAAAUGUGGAAAAAGUAAAGGGGUCUGAAUACUUUCCGAAUGCACUGUAUAUAUACUGAACAAAAAUAUAAACGCAACAUGGAAAGCCUUGUUUCCUUUUUUCAUUAGCUGAAAUAAAAGAUCCAAGAAAUGUUCCAUAUACACAAAAAGCUUAUUUCUCUGCAGUGUUAUGCACAAAUUUGUUUACAUCCCUGUUAGUGAGCAUUUCUCCUUUGCCAAGAUAAUCCAUCCACAUGACAGGUGUGGUAUAUCAAGAAGAUGGAUAAACAGCAUGAUCAUUAUACAGGUGCACCUUGUGCUGGGGACAAUAAAAGGUCACUCUAAAAUGUGCAGUUUUGUCACAGAACACAAUGCCACAGAUGUCGCAAGUUUUGAGUGAGCAUGUAAUUGGCAUGCUGACUGCAGGAAUGUCCACCAGAGCUGUUGCCAGAUAAUUUAAUGUUCAUUUCUCUACCAACGUCAUUUUAGAGAAUUUGGCAGUACGUCCAAAUGGCCUCACUACCGCAGCCCAGGACCUCCACAUUCGGCUUCUUCACCUGCGGGAUCAUCUGAGACGAGCCACCCAGACAGCUGAUAAAACUGAGGAGUGUUUCUGUCUGUAAUAAAGCCCUUUUGUGGGGAAAAACUCAUUCUGAUUGGCUGGGCCUGGCUCCCCAGUGGGUGAGCCUAUGCCCACCCAUAGCUGUGCCCCUGCCCAGUCAUGUGAAAUCCAUAGAUUAGGUCCUAAUGAAUUUAUUUAAAUUGACUAAUUUCCUUAUAUGAACUGUAACUCAGUAAAAUAAUUGAAAUUGUUGCAUGUUGCGUUUAUAUUUUUGUUCAGUGUGUAUAUAUACACAGUACCAGUCAAACGUUUGGACACACCUACUCAUUCCAGGGUUUUUCUUAAUUUUUACUAUUUUCUACAUUGUAGAAUAAUAGUGAAGACAUCAAAACUAUGAAAUAACACAUAUGGAAUCAUGUAGUAACCCAAAAAGUAUAUUUUAGAUUUUAGAUUCUUCAAAGUAGCCACCCUUUGCCUUGAUGACAGCUUUGCACACUCAAAACCCGGAAACAGAAUGCGCUGAGAUGGCAUCAGAAAGCGAGCCUCCAAGAGGCUCUGCGCCACAGAUUAGUAGGAGAACAGUGCCAGCCAUCCCCUAGUCUCGCACACAAACUGAUUUGAGCAAGGGCAGCCUGAGCAUGCGCCGAGACAUACAAGACAACAAACGUGAGUAUCUUUUAAUUCCUUGGGGCACGCUCUACCACUAAGGGACAGUUUAGUUGGCGCAGCGUAAGACAGUUUCGUGUUCCAAUUGUUUGUGGCGUGAAUCCUUCCUCUUCACACCGAGGUGAAGAGCGGAAUAAGUGACGGAAUGAAUCUGAGCCUCACGCUUAUCACCUGUGUAAGGCGGGGCUUCCAGCGAGGCGCGUAUUUCAUUGGCUUUCUCAGGCAUGAAUAUAGAUCCUUCAAUCGAAGUCACGAGAGUGCGACUCCCAAUAGUAUCUUGUGCCGAAGUUGACUGACUAAAAGGGAACUUGUUGUAUACUGAUAUUGUUUGUCAUAGUGUAAAAUCCCUAUGGGAAAAAUACAUGGGAUGGAGGGAUGAAAGAGUGAUAACAGAGAAAUCUGCCAUUGCUGCACUGCUAUCACACAUUUUCCGACUCUAGGGACUAAUGCCUCAUUCAUAACAACUGGGAACUGGGAACUCUUGACUUCCGACUUCAGUGCAUUCAAGACAACUGGGAACUCAGGACUCGUUUUGAACGGUCAUCCAACUCAGAAUUCCAGGUCAGAAACUCUGGCAUCUUUCUAGAGCUCCGACUUUCCGACCUGAAGAUCACUGACGUCAUGAUUUGGCCUCGUUUUUUUCCCAGAGUUCCCAGUUGUCUUGAAAGCACCAAUUAGACUUUCAAGAAAAUCACUAUGAAACAUCGUCACCCCAAGUGAACCUGACUGACCCCGCUGGCCCAUGGACUGUUAUUCUCUUUCUCCUCAUCCCACCCACUUCUCACUCCAUUCUCACUUAUCCUUCUCUUUCCAUAUAUACUGAGUAUACCAAACAUUAGGAACAUCUUCCUAAUAUUGAGUUGAACCCCCCCUUUUGCCCUCAGAAUGGCCUCAAUACAGAUGUCGAAAGCAUUACACAGAGAUGUUGACUCCAAUGCUUCCCACACUUGUGAAGUUGGCUGGAUGUCCUUUGGGUGGUGGACCAUUCUUGAUACACACGGGAAACUGCAGUUCUUGACACAAACCGGUGUGCCUGGCACCUACUACCAUACCCCGUUCAAAGGCACUUACAUUUUUUGUCUUGCCCAUUCACCCUCUGAAUGGCACACACACAAUCCAUGUCUCAAUUGUCUCCAGGCUUACAAAUCAUUCUUUAACCUGUUUCCUCCCCUCCAUCUACACUGAUUUGAAGUGGAUUUAACAAGUGAUUCACCUGGUCAGUCUAUGUCAUGGAAAGGGCAGGUGUUCUAAAUGUUUUGUAUACUCAGUAUCUGCCUAUUUGCAUGUAUGGUAAACCUGUGUGUCUAUUUGCUCACAGGUAUAUUUUCCUGUGUAUAUUCCUGUAAGCCACUUUGGAUAAAAGUGUCUGCUAAAUGGCAUAUGUUAUACUAUACAGUGCUAUGAAAAAGUAUUUGUCCCCUUUCUAAUUUUCUCUACUUUUGCAUAUUUGUGAUACUGAAUGUUAUCAGAUCUUCAACCAAAACCAAAUAUUAGAUAAAGGAAACAUAAGUGAACAAAUAACACAACAAUUACAUAUUUAUUUCAUAAACAAAGUUAUGCAACACCCAAUUCCCCUGUGUGAAAAAGUAAUUGUCCCCUUACACUCAAUAACUGGUUGUGCCACCUUUAGCUGCAAUGACUCCAACCAAAUGCUUCCUGUAGUUGUUGAUCAGUCUCUCACGUCGCUGUGGAGGAAUUUUGGCCCACUCUUCCAUGCAGAACUGCUUUAACUCAGUGACGUGUGGGUUUUCAAGCAUGAACAGCGACGUGAGAGACUGAUCAACAACUACAGGAAGCAUUUGGUUGGAGUCAUUGCAGCUAAAGGUGGCACAACCAGUUAUUGAGUGUAAGGGGACAAUUACUUUUUCACACAGGCGAAUUGGGUGUUGCAUAACUUUGUUUAUGAAAUAAAUAUGUAAUUGUUGUGUUAUUUGUUCACUUAUGUUUCCUUUAUCUAAUAUUUGGUUUUGGUUGAAGAUCUGAUAACAUUCAGUAUCACAAAUAUUCAAAAGUAGAGACAAUUAGAAAGGGGGCAAAUACUUUUUCAUAGCACUGUAUAUUAAAUACAGUGGGGAGAACAAGUGUUUGAUACACUGCCAAUUUUGCAGGUUUUCCUACUUACAAAGCAUGUAGAGGUCUGUAAUUUUUAUCAUAGGUACACUUCAACUGUGAGAGACGGAAUCUAAAACAAAACUCCAGAAAAUCACAUUGUAUGAUUUUUAAGUAAUUAAUUUGCAUUUUAUUGCAUGACAUAAGUAUUUGAUACAUCAGAAAAGCAGAACUUAAUAUUUGGCACAGAAACCUUUGUUUGCAAUUACAGAGAUCAUACGUUUCCUGUAGGUCUUGACCAGGUUUGCACACACUGCAGCAGGGAUUUUGGCCCACUCCUCCAUACAGAACUUCUCCAGAUCCUUCAGGUUUCGGGGCUGUCGCUGGGCAAAUGGACUUUCAGCUCCCUCCAAAGAUUUUCUAUUGGGUUCAGGUCUGGAGACUGGCUAGGCCACUCCAGGACCUUGAGAUGCUUCUUACGGAGCCACUCCUUAGUUGCCCUGGCUGUGUGUUUCGGGUCAUUGUCAUGCUGGAAGAACCAGCCAAGACCCAUCUUCAAUGCUCUUACUGAGGGAAGGAGGUUGUUGGCCAAGAUCUCGCGAUACAUGGCCCCAUCCAUCCUCCCCUCAAUACGGUGCAGUCGUCCUGUCCCCUUUGCAGAAAAGCAUCCCCAAAGAAUGAUGUUUCCACCUCCAUGCUUCACGGUUGGGAUGGUGUUCUUGGGGUUGUACUCGUCCUUCUUCUUCCUCCAAACACGGCGAGUGGAGUUUAGACCAAAAUGCUCUAUUUUUGUCUCAUCAGACCACAUGACCUUCUCCCAUUCCUCCUCUGGAUCAUCCAGAUGGUCAUUGGCAAACUUCAGACGGGCCUGGACAAGCGCUGGCUUGAGCAGGGGGACCUUGCGUGCGCUGCAGGAUUUUAAUCCAUGACGGCGUAGUGUGUUACUAAUGGUUUUCUUUGAGACUGUGGUCCCAGCUCUCUUCAGGUCAUUGACCAGGUCCUGCCGUGUAGUCCUGGGCUGAUCCCUCACCUACCUCAUGAUCAUUGAUGCCCCACGAGGUGAGGUCUUGCAUGGAGCCCCAGACCGAGGUUGAUUGACCGUCAUCUUGAACUUCUUCCAUUUUCUAAUAAUUGCGCCAACAGUUGUUGCCUUCUCACCAAGCUGCUUGCCUAUUGUCCUGUAGCCCAUCCCAGCCUUGUACAGGUCUACAAUUUUAUCCCUGAUGUCCUUACACAGCUCUCUGGUCUUGGCCAUUGUGGAGAGGUUGAAGUCUGUUUGAUUGAGUGCGUGGACAGGUGUCUUUUAUACAGGUAACGUGUUCAAACAGGUGCAGUUAAUACAGGUAAUGAGUGGAGAACAGGAGGGCUUCUUAAAGAAAAACUAACAGGUCUGUGAGAGCCGGAAUUCUUACUGGUUGGUAGGUGAUCAAAUACUUAUGUUAUGCAAUAAAAUGCAAAUUAAUUACUUAAAAAUCAUACAAUGUGAUUUUCUGGAUUUUUGUUUUAGAUUCCGUCUCUCACAGUUGAAAUGUACCUAUGAUAAAAAAUUACAGACCUCUACAUGCUUUGUAAGUAGGAAAACCUGCAAAAUCGGCAGUGUAUCAAAUACUUGUUCUUCCCACUGUAUAUAGUUACCUUUGUCUCCCUCCGUCCAGGUGCCACACGGACCAAAGAUGCCAGGGAGCUGAUGUAUGCCCGUCAGAAGGUGGUAGUGACAACCAAGGCCUUCGGUCUACAAGCCAUAGACCUGGUCUACAUAGACUACAAGGACGGAGAGGGUCUACGACAGCAGGCAAGGGAGGGAGUUCUAAUGGGCUUCACA